AAAUAAUUGAAGAAUGAUUUCGUAACUUCUAGAUGAAAUGACGGUGGCUUCAGGAAAAUAAAAAAAGGAAAUGGAUAAGAUUAACUAUAAAUAUUAAAGAAGAACGAGAGAUGUAAUUAACGCAGAAAAAUAAGAAAAAUUAGAAAACAAAGAAAUAGAUGUUGGGUUACCAAGAAUUAAGGACAAGGAAGAAGUAUAUUAAGAAUUGAAAAGAAGAUUUAGAAUGGCAUGGAAAAGUAUUUUCAUUAUUCAAAUUCUAAGGUCCUGGAUUCAAAAAUGAUGAAUUUACUAAAAUACCAACAUUGAAGGGUAAAAUAUUGAAUGAAUGGGAAAUAUUGCGAAUAAAUUUGGCAGAGAGAAGUUAUAAGGCUCCUUAAGGUUACCCUAUUAUCUAUAUUCUAAGGCUUCAAAGGAUUCAAAAUACCGAGUCAAUAUUAAGAAUUCUAAAAACCAAAGACACCACCAGGAGUAAAGAAGUAAUUAGAUGAAUUCAGAUUGGAUUUUGAGGAUUUUGUUUAAAGACCAAGCAAAUAUGGAAAAGUGCAUGAGGACGAAAUGUUAGAAAAAGUUAGGAUUAAUAAUAAGGAACCAUUUAGGUUGACCAACAGUGUUCAACAUAAUGAAUUUGGUUUUGAUCCACAUUUAACUUGGGAAGCAGAAAUGAAAAGAAAAUAAUCUAGCAAUAAAACAUUUAAUAAAUGA